CGUGGUCACUAUAUUUUUCUUAACAAAAGUCGGACAUAGAACUGCACGAGCUGUACAAGAAAAUCUUCCCUGCAGCACGACAUUAACCAAUUAGACCUGUCCUAAAUUAGAUCUGGCUGAAUGGUCACCACCAAAGCCAAAAAAUACCAACAACAACAACAACAACAAAGUCGGACAUCAGCAAUCGUUUUUCAUUUUUGAUUGAAAUUUGAAAUUGUUUUAAUCUGCCACAUUUAAUUUGUUUCAUGAGUAAAAUCAUGAAGGUUAAAAAAGGCUUGUUGUCUAACAAAUUCGUCCUUGCCACGAGCGCUGCAGGAACAAUAUUUGCAGGAGCAAUUUUUUUGAAGGAAUACAUGGGCGGAAAAAAAUUUGAAGGAAACGAACGAGCAGAUGACAAGAUCGUCAUAAUCACAGGCGCAAACACCGGCAUUGGUAAAGAAACGGCACGGGAAUUAGCAAAGAGGGGAGCCAGAGUUUUUAUGGCAUGUCGAGACAUUCAUAAGUGUGAGGAGGCUCGAGAGGAAAUUGUGAUUGAGACUAAAAACAAAUUUGUUUAUUGCCGUCAGUGUGAUUUGGCAUCCCAGGAAUCAAUCAGAAAAUUUGUGCAAAGAUUCAAAAAUGAGCAAAGCCGCCUUGACAUUUUAAUAAACAACGCGGGAGUCAUGAGAUGUCCACAGUCUUAUACCAAAGAAGGAAUUGAGUUGCAGCUUGGUGUGAAUCACAUGGGCCACUUUUUACUUACCAAUUUGCUUCUUGACUUGUUAAAAACUUCACAGCCAAGUCGAGUCAUUACGGUUUCCAGCAUCGCUCACACAAGAGGACAAAUCAACAAAGAAGACCUCAAUAGCAAGUUAAAAUACGACCCUGGAGAUGCCUACAGCCAAAGCAAACUGGCCAAUGUGUUAUUUAGCAAAGAACUAGCCUCUAGAUUGAAAGGCACUGGCGUUAUUUCAAAUUCACUUCACCCCGGAGUGGUUGACACGGAGCUGUUCCGGCACAUGGGAUUUUUUAAGAGCACCACGGCUAGUCUGUUUGUUCGUCCGUUGAUGUGGCCCUUUGUGAAAACUCCGAAGCAAGGAGCUCAGACGACUUUGUUUGCAGCUCUCGACGAGUCACUGAAGGAAACCUCAGGGAAAUAUUUCAAGGAUUGUGCAGAGUAUCCUGUUGCUCCACAAGGAGACGACGAUUCCAUGGCCAAGUGGCUGUGGGCUGUUAGCGAAAAAUGGACUCGACUCGACAACAAAUGAAUCAAAAUGUGAUAGAAUUGGUGCAAGGUAUUUAUGCUGAACCAAUAGACUGUUAAUUGUUAUUCUUAAAUCUGA